CGCCGCUUCAUCAAUUAUUAUCGUCACCGUCAUCACAUCGCGCCAGCCACUCCAGUAAGCAGCGGGCGAUACGAAGAAAUAAAAGCGAUCGAUCAUUUGAUGACGAAAAGAUCACUGGUGGAGAACAAUUUACAUACACUGUGCUAUUACCAUCUUCCAACGCUCUAUCAUACGGAACGAAGCUGAGCAACGACGCAUCAUGUUCGCUCCAAGCGAUCAACAGAUCACCGACCCAAUCCAAGUUAUCGGGCCUUCACUGUUACUUCAGGUUUUCUACUCUCUUCCGCUUCGAGAUCUUCUCAACUGCUCUCUUGUUAGCACGACUUGGUAUACUCUCAUUGACAAUCAUUCCACAUCCAUCUUUCGGGAUCUCGCAUCUGAUAUUGUGUCCGACAAAAGACGCCUUCAGUUUCUCAAAUCUUUAGGACAAGAUGAAGUAAGAGAUCCCACAUUAUAUAAUGCUAGCUUCAUUAGGGCCGGUACACUUGGAUCCGAUAAAAAGAUAAGCUGGAGAGGAAUUUGCAGAGAUGCUGUGGUGACGGAAAGAAAUUGGAAAUAUGGGCGGGCUAAGCCAGGGUGGUUGACACCGGGACGUAAUACUGUAUGGAGGAUGAAAGUAGAUCCCGAAGAGAAUGUUCUCUACACUGUUAGUAGGCUAGACGGCAUUCAGUGUUCCUCAGCAGACGUGGAAGGUAAUUCUAACCUGCUUUUUGAAUACACCGACGUUGCCCCGUACUCCCAUAUGGAGUUCGUUAGUGGUUUCGUUGUCUUCAACAUAGGACUUGCCAACGCGCUCGAAGUCCACAUCACCCCCUCUGCCAUGCGUCGUCUUACGCCAGAACAAAGACAAGCCAUUCCCCCGCCUUCAAUUUCGGAGACGUACGGUUCAGAUUACUCGUUCACUCAGGAAGAUGAUGAUGCGUAUAGAAGCACCCAGGCAUCCACAGAUAUUCCGUAUAGGGGUCAUUUGACAUACUACAAGACCCUUCGUCCUGCGACAGAGUGCUGGGCCUUCAGAGCUCGAAUGGAUAACGAGGGCCAGGAGGGAGAGAGACCAGUAUUAGGUACCGCAGGGAGGGAAGCAAUAUAUCUUUUCGGUCUGGCCGACGAUAGGGUUGAGACUAUUCGAAUUAGACAUCAACAUGUCGAUCGGGACAUCAGUUAUAUUGAGUUUGAUGACCACUACGUCUUCAUCUGCGGUCCAGUGGCAAUGCACGUCUACUCCCGCCAGACUAAGCAACUGCUCAACUCCUUCCCCACUUCGUAUCUCCGCGACCUUGACGCUCAAGUCCAAGCGGUGUACGAGCUGUCUGAGAGUAAUGAAAUCCAACGCCUCCCUUCCGCGUUUGAAGGGGCUACAAGGGUCUCAGAAAUUGUGGUGAAAGGGCUUUGGAGGCAAGACUCUGCUUUUGAGAAUGCCGAGAGGCUCAUCAGUGAAAGGAUGUUACUUGCAAAUGGUGGAUUCUCGGCUUGCCAUUUUACUUCCAGUGACUUGUUUUGCGCCAAUAAGUAUAGUGUUCUCUUCGUGGUGAGAGACUACAAAUCAGUGUUCUCCAUUGUAGAUAAAAGGGAACGGAGCGAAGCAUUAUCGCGGAAUUUGCUAGCCAUUAGGUUCAAGAGCCCAAUCAACCAGCUCUAUACUAAUGGAGAACGGGUGGUGUUCAAUACAACGUCUGAGGUUUACCUCCUCGACGCCUCAUCCUUACCUCCACCGCCUUACAAUUUGUCAUCGUCCUAUUUCGCUGACGGAGUCUGGCCCAGCAUACGCAUUCUCUCUCUUCUUGACGUCCAUACCAAUGGGCUAAAGCAUUCAUCCUGUCUUCAAAUGGACGGCACAAAGAUCUACUUGGUAUAUUGGGCCCUGGGUGAGCAAGAUGGCGGCGGAAUUGUGUACGACGACGGUCAAGCGCAUUUACCACCAGCGCACGCGACAGCAGAUUUUGGAAUGUGUAUCAAAACUUGGGAUUUCGGCCAUGUUGAUUAUUAACAAUUCUUGUAAUAUCAAAUGAACAUGCAGACUGACAGUUAACUAAAUGAUCCUUGAGAUUCGAAGCCUGUUUUUUCGUUGGCAACAUCCCAAUCGAGACUCCAAAAUUUGAUUGCAAAGCAUCCUACUGGUCAGAUCUGAAAUGGGUAAAUGCCAUUGGUUUUUUCACGGCUAUUGCAAUGCAAGUCUUCUUUUAUAAUAGUGACCUCCUGACGGAAAAUCCUAGUCUUGCUCAAACCGAAU